CAAUGUCAAAACUUCAAUCACCAAUAUCUCAAACAACAUCUCAUAGUCUCUCCUAAUGGCCAAUAAUUUCCCAAAUACAAGUAACUAUCAAUUUCAUUUCUUAUCAUGUUUUUUCCCUACUAUAUAUAUAUAUCAGUACAUUAGCAUGGAUACAUUCUAGUUCAGAUUUUAAAAAGUAAUGAAAUGAAUUAUGGUACAAAGUAUCAUAUGUUACAACAAUAUGACGCAAAUAAUUAGGCAAACAAACACAAGAAUCCUUAAUCAUUCGGUUCACUUUAACUUCAUUUUAUUUUAACCUAAUUCCCAAACCCAAAUCUAAUUAGGUUUUUACUUGAUCACAUCCACCAUAGCUUUCCCGCCAAAACCAGUCUCUUCCCUGUAAAGUCAUCAAAACCCAGAAAAACCUACAAAAUUCAUUCAAAUUUCCAAAAUGUCAAAUCAUCCAAACAAGAAACCAGCAAACUAUGAACCCUCAAUCAACCCAAAUUCGCUUCACAACAUCAAUGUCAAACUCCUCGCCUUCGACCUCAACUCUUUAACCCAAUCCCAUUCUCUCUCCUCCUCUUCUUCCCGUGACUCGAUUGUCUUCUACCGUAAGGGAAUCCCCAUUUCUCGGGUCGAAGUAUUCGGAGUUGUUGUAACUCGGGACCUCAAACCCGACAAAUUCCUGAGGUUUUCCAUUGAUGAUGGAACUGGGUGUGUCCAAUGUAUUCUUUGGUUGAAUCAGAUGACAUCUUCUUACUUUUCUCGGCGAUGCCCAUCAGAUAUUCACUCAAUCGCCCAAAUGGCAAACAUUCAUUCUAGCCGAGUUCAAAUUGGUUUUGAUGCCCGGGUUCGUGGCCGAGUUUCGGGUUUUCGGGGUUCGGUUCAGAUUACGGUGGAUGAUGUGGUGGUGGAGAGAGAUCCCAAUUACCAGAUUUUGCAUUGGUUGGAUUGUGUUAAGCUGGCUCGGAAGCGCUAUGAUGUUCUGUCUUACAAGAAAUGAGGGUAAUUGUCUUUUAAGCUAAAUUCUACUGUUUUACUUGUUAAAUUCUUUGUGGCAUUGUGUGAUUGGGUUGUUUAUGAUUGUAACAUAGUGUUCAGAGUAUAUGGUAAAUUGUUGAAAUUGUGAUGUAGCAAUUAGAAUUAAGAUCAUUGUCUGUCAAGAGCUAGAAUCGGUUGUAGUGUUUAUGAAAGUAUUAGGAGCUAGAAUUGGUUGAUCAAAAGCAUAGGCUAUAUAAGAUUACGGUGGAUGAUGUGGUGGUGGAGAGAGAUCCCAAUUACCCACGAAACCCCCUUAACCGACCACCCAAUCACCCUGGAAACCUCCUAAACUCGACAUCCCAGCCACCCACGAAACCCUCCCCUUGCUCUCGCGUCAAAUUGUGGAUAUUGAGUGAACUGCUCGUAGCCACCGGUGUGUUAGGAGCUCAUAAUUGGGCGUUGACUUGCUAAAAUUGAUACUUUUGGUGUCGAUUUGGUUGUUGUUUAUUGGAUAUUUUGGAGUUGCUAAGGGCUACUGUUGUCGUUGUCGGUAUUUGGGAGUGGUGUCUUUGAAGUUGUGGUUGUUAAUUUAAUGGCAGAUUAGCUAGUGGUUGCUCUAUGUGCGAUAUUGGGAAUGAAAGUGUGAAACUGGUGGUUGAUUGGGGCUGAGUUGAGCAGGGAAUCGAUUUCGUGGGCCGUGUUAAGGUGGAGGUGCAGCUUGUAUGGUGGAGGUGGCGAUUAUAAUGGUGUUCGAUUGGGCUGUUGUGCGUGUAUGGUGGUGUUCGGUUGGGCUGUUGUUGGAGCGUGGUGGCGAUCAAAAGUGUGACGGGAAAGGGGGUUGGCGGCAUGUCUGAUGGGAAAGGGGAGUGGGGCUGCUCCGGCAAGUAAGUUUCAGGAGGGGGCCGGAAAGGCGGAAAGGGAAAGGGGAGGAAGAUGCUGGGUUGAUUUUUUUUUUUUUUUUUUAAUUAGUAUUAUUUUUGUUUUUGUUUUUUGUAAAAAAAUAAAUUAAAAAAAUUAAGACCAAUCAAGAGGUGGCACAUGGCAAGUCACCUUCUAUAACCAGAUAUCAAUUUCACAAACCGGUUAAGGAACUAUUUUGAGCAGAUGAGGGUAAAAAGUGGGAUUAUUUCUAAAAUACGCAAAUGUGAGAUUAUUUUGAGCAGAAGUGACAAUGGUGAGAUUAUUAGUUUCAAUUUUUCCUUUAAAAAAGCAAUGUUGAGUAUUUUUAAUAUGAUUUUUCCUUGGAAAUUUUACAUAAAAAAACCCAAAUUUUGUGUUUGAGAAACAAUCUAAUAAAACAAAUCUUGUAAGAAUAAGAGAAUUGAGCCCAAUAAGGGAAAUGAGGGAAAUCACCUCCAAUAAUCGAGCCCAAUUUUACAAGUCCAUUCAGACUCGUUAAAAGUGAUAGGAAAAAAAAUAAGGAAAAUUACCUCAAGCUAUAAGAAAAGAAGAUAUAAGAGAAGGGUCCAAGACUCCAAGGUAAGUGUGCUCCUAGCGAGUUCUCCAAAAGAAGAGAGCAUCUGUAUAAAAAGAACAAAA